UCACAUUGCCCAUCUUACAUGCAUCAUUGUCUCUCUCACCGCUCUGCUUUGCUGGCUUUCAGUUCUCCAUUGUUGGCCUUUUAUGGGGCUUGUCUGCUGAACUGAAGAAAAGCAAAAGGAAAGGGUUUCAGUUUAACUAAUUUUCAACAAAAUAAAAUAACUUAAGUUUCAAUUUUUAAUUCCUCCAUGUACCUCUUCAUCAAUAUUUUUUCCCACCAUCUACAUAGACAACACAACUAGAUUGCAGCAUAGACAGUGGUACACACAUAUAUAAAAAAGAAAGAAGAAAAUCAACCCCACUUUGUUUUUUAUUUUGAUUUGUUGGAUCCACAGAUCUACUGGUUUCACAUACUCUUAAUUUGAUCAUUCUCUUCUUCAACUGGAGCAUCAUCCAACAUAGCUUCCAGUCAAUAGUCUAAUUGUUGGGUGCAGGAUCAUAGUGGCUGAAUAUUCUUGGGGGUGAAGUUGUUCUUGGGUGAUUGAUAGAUGUGGAAACUUCUGAAGGUUGUGUGGCAAGAUGAGGGAUGUUAUCAGAGUUGAUGAACUAUUUGACGGCCUGCUUUCGACCAAAUUCAAGUCGAUACGUGCACACUGGUUCAGAUGCUGGAGGUAAACAGGAUGGACUCUUGUGGUACAAAGACUUGGGGCAGCACUUACAUGGCGACUUUUCAAUGGCUGUGGUCCAAGCCAACAACUUGCUGGAGGAUCAGAGCCAAUUUGAAUCAGGCAGCUUGAGCUCCAGCGAUUCCAGUCCUUAUGGUACCCUUGUUGGUGUCUAUGAUGGGCAUGGAGGGCCCGAGACAUCGCGGUUUAUCAAUGAUCACUUACUUCACCAUCUCAAGAGAUUUACUGCAGAGCAACAAUCAAUGUCAGUGGAUGUAAUUCGCAAGGCAAUCCAAGCAACAGAAGAGGGAUUUAUGUCACUUGUUGCCAGAGAGUGGUCAAUGAAACCACAGAUUGCAGCUGUUGGAUCAUGUUGUCUUGUUGGUGUUAUUUGUAAUGGAACCCUUUAUAUAGCAAAUCUCGGUGAUUCCCGUGCUGUUUUGGGGAGAGCAGUCAAGGCAACUGGGGAGGUUUUAGCCAUGCAAUUGUCACCAGAGCAUAAUGCAUCAAUAGAGUCCGUUAGACAUGAGUUGCAAUCUUUGCACCCUGAUGAUCCAAACAUUGUUGUUUUGAAGCAUAAUGUGUGGCGUGUGAAGGGCCUUAUACAGGUAUCUAGAUCUAUUGGUGAUGUAUAUCUGAAAAAGCCCGAGUUCAAUAGAGAACCUCUAUAUGUAAAAUUUCGACUUCGUGAGCCAUUCAAAAGGCCAAUAUUGAGCUCAGAACCAUCGAUAUCAGUACACCAGUUGCUUCCACAUGAUAAAUACGUUAUUUUUGCAUCUGAUGGGCUUUGGGAGCACCUUAGCAAUCAAGAAGCUGUUGAUAUAGUUCAAAAUAAUCCCCGGCAUGGUAUUGCAAGGAGGCUAGUGAAAGCUGCCCUUCAAGAAGCAGCAAAGAAGAGAGAAAUGAGAUAUUCAGAUCUAAAGAAAAUUGACCGCAGCGUUCGUCGGCAUUUCCAUGAUGAUACUACUGUGAUUGUUGUGUUUAUUGACUCAAAUCAUGUGAGUAGGGCAAGCUCUGCCAAGUUUACUAAUAUUUCGGUUCGAGGGGGAGGUGUCAACCUUUCUCUUAACGUACUGGCACCUCGUACAACACCAAUAAAGGCUAGUGCUACCUGAUUUAAGUUGUAUCUUUGUCUUUGAUGUAUCAUUUUCAUGUGUCAAUACCAGGUAUAUUCGAAUGAAGAAUGUCAGCAACACACUCAUUGGGACAUAUUCUUUUUAACACACUAUCUAUUAUUGUUUAGAAGUUACAAAAUCAUGAUUGAGACUCAUUAGAUAAGUAAUGGGACUCACAAAAUUUUAUUAUUUAUAAUAAAUUUCGAUUUCAGCAUUUAGUAGAAAGUGUGUACAAAAGUAUUUGUUAGUUAGUGUGUUGCUAACAUAUCUCAUUUCAAAUAGCAACAAGAAGUGCAACAAGAAGCGCGACACUUCAAUUCUUUAAAUGUGAAACUGUAACUUGAAUACUUGUGUUUAGGUUAUUUCCCACAAUUCUCAGAAGAGAUAUUCAGAUGAUCAUUAUAAGAGUUGUCUUUGCAUCAUUUUGUCUU